ACAGAGCAAAAACCUUCAUCCAUGUGGAGGGCAGUCUGAGGGAGCCACUGUGUCCACUGAGUGGUCUGAGUUUCCUCCUCUUCUGGCAGUGGCAUCUCCGCUGAGCUUUCAAACCGAGUCAUCCGGAGUUAGCAUUUUCCCACCCGGCAGGGAAGAGAGGAGUUGGCAAGAAUUUGGCUCACCCAUUCCCCCUGCAAUCCUCUGGUGUCUCGGAGCACUGGGCUUCUACCAUGACUGACACCGUGUUCAGCAACAGCUCUAGCCGUUGGAUGUGUCCCAGUGACCGACCCCAGCAAUCAAAUGAUAAAGAACAGCUCCAGACGGGAUGGUCUGUUCACCCCAGUGGUCAGGCAGACAGAGGGAGGAAGCAGGAAGAGCUGACAGAUGAGGAGAAGGAGAUCAUCAACAGGGUGAUUGCUCGUGCUGAGAAGAUGGAAGAGCUGGAGCAGGAGCGCAUCGGGCGCCUGGUGGACCGUCUGGAGAACAUGAGGAAGAACGUGGCUGGGGACGGGGUGAACUGCUGCAUACUGUGUGGAGAACAGCUGGGGAUGCUGGGCUCUGCCUGUGUAGUGUGUGAGGACUGUAAGAAGAAUGUCUGCACCAAGUGUGGGGUGGAGACCUUCAACAGCCGCCCACACCCUGUGUGGCUCUGCAAAAUCUGCAUCGAGCAGAGAGAGGUGUGGAAGCGCUCUGGAGCAUGGUUCUUCAAGGGCUUCCCCAAACAGGUCCUCCCACAGCCUAUGCCCAUAAAGAAGACCAAGCCCCAGCAGCCAGCCAGUGAGCCCGCUGCCCCUGAGCAGCCCACCCCUGAGCCCAAACACCCUGCCCGGGCUCCAACUCGAGGUGACUCUGAUGACAGGAGGGGCCCAGGUCAGAAGACAGGCCCUGACCUGGCCUCUGCUCCUGGGCAAGGAAGCUAUGGGCCUCCUGUGCGCAGGGCCUCCGAGGCACGAAUGAGCUCAUCUAGCCGGGACUCAGAGAGCUGGGACCAGAGCCACGGCGGAGCUGCUGGUGACCCCAGCCGGGGCUCAGCAGGUUUGAGACGGGCCAACUCAGUGCAGGCCUCUAGACCCACCCCGGCUUUGAUACAGAGUCCAGCGCCCCCCCAGCCUGGGCAGCCAGGACCCCCAGGAGGCAGCAGACCCAGUCCUGGGCCAGCAGGACGUUUUUCAGAUCAGAGACCAGAGGUGGCUCUGAGUGACCCCGCCUGUACAGGGGCCACCGCCCCACCGCGAGAGGAGAGAGUGGGGGGAGUUGGGGGCUAUUCGGCAGUUGGAGCCAGGGAGGACCGAGCGGGCCACCCACCCUAUUCCCAAGCGUCUGCUGCUGCUCCCCAGCCGGCCGUGGUCCCAGCCCACCAGCCCCCACGCCCAGUGGAGGAGGAGGAGGAGGAGGAAGCCAACAGCUAUGAUUCAGAUGAAGCAACCACCCUGGGUGCCCUGGAGUUCAGCCUUCUCUACGACCAGGACAACAGCUCCCUGCACUGCACCAUCAUAAAGGCCAAGGGACUGAAGCCCAUGGAUUCCAAUGGCUUGGCCGAUCCCUACGUUAAGCUGCACCUCCUACCGGGAGCCAGCAAGUCCAACAAGCUUCGUACAAAAACCCUGCGGAACACCCGAAAUCCCAUCUGGAAUGAGACUCUGGUCUAUCAUGGCAUCACGGAUGAAGACAUGCAGAGGAAGACCCUCAGGAUCUCUGUCUGUGAUGAGGACAAAUUUGGUCAUAACGAGUUUAUCGGUGAGACCAGAUUCUCGCUCAAAAAAUUGAAGCCCAACCAGAGGAAGAACUUCAAUAUCUGUCUGGAGCGGGUGAUCCCGAUGAAGCGUGCUGGAACCACCGGGUCAGCCCGAGGCAUGGCCCUUUAUGAGGAGGAGCAGGUGGAGCGUAUUGGUGACACAGAGGAACGCGGCAAGAUCCUGGUGUCCCUCAUGUACAGCACACAGCAGGGAGGCCUCAUUGUGGGCAUCAUACGCUGCGUGCACCUGGCGGCCAUGGACGCCAAUGGCUACUCAGAUCCAUUCGUCAAGCUCUGGCUGAAACCAGAUAUGGGAAAGAAAGCCAAACAUAAGACUCAAAUUAAGAAGAAAACGUUGAAUCCUGAAUUUAAUGAGGAAUUUUUCUACGACAUCAAACAUAGUGACCUGGCGAAGAAGUCACUGGACAUCUCAGUCUGGGACUAUGACAUUGGCAAGUCCAAUGAUUACAUCGGAGGCUGCCAGCUGGGGAUCUCAGCCAAGGGAGAGCGCUUAAAACACUGGUACGAGUGUCUGAAAAACAAGGACAAGAAGAUAGAACGCUGGCACCAGCUACAGAAUGAGAACCACGUGUCAAGCGAUUAGGAUGGCGCCCAGGUCCCCACCUCCAUGCCCCAGCCCAUGCCCCGUCACCCCACAGCCUGUCCCAGCUGCCCGUUGCACUCUGGUCUCUCUUCUCUACGCCUCCCCCAACCCCAUCACUCCUGGAGCCUGCCUUUGAAGUCUCCCCCGCACCUUGGACAUUGCCACCAAAAACCUCCCCUCUCCUCAACACUGCGAUGCGGGCUCUGAAUGCAGCCCCUCUCUGAUCCCUCCAGGAUGGAGCCAUAGGGAUGGGGAUGGGGAGAUUUUUCACAAGGAGGUUGUUAAUUUAACAACCUCUCAGCCUGGGUAAAUUACAGAGGCUCUUCAUCAUUUAGGACUGUUUUUAGACCCUCCUGGCCUUGGACACACGCACAUAACACACACACA